UAGAAAAGUAAUCAAAAGGAAACUCAGGAAAUUGUUGAAUAAACAAUGCUUAGACACUGAUUCACAAGAGGAGAGAAGGACACGCAGAGUUUAGUUUAGUGUUUGUCUGUCUUAGAUUUUGAAUUUUGAAAGCAAAUCAGAAUAACAAAUAGUUGGCGACAACGUGUCUUUCUUUUGUUGUUUAAUAUCGAAUUGCUUGGCGCUUUUCAUUUACUCCAUUGUUGGCUCUCUCUCGCUUUCUCUUCAUGCAUCCGUUACCUUUCCCAGUAAACACUAUUUCCCUUUGAUUUUCUCGCCCAAGUGAUCAUUCCUUGAUAAGUAUUUAAUGUUGUCUAUUUUGUUGGUUUUUGUCGAGAGAGAGAUAGAGAGAUCAUGGGAUUCUUGAAUGCGUUCUUGGAAUUUCUUGGUUUUGGAAUUGGACUUCCUUUUGGUCUCUUGAUUGGUUUCUUUCUAUUCGUUUAUUCCAAGCCUAAAGAUGUUAAGGAUCCAGUGGUCAGGCCACUUCAUGAGUUAGACACAGAUGCUUUGCUAGAUAUUCUACCAGAUAUCCCGUUAUGGGUUAAAUGCCCUGAUUAUGAACGAGUAGAUUGGUUGAACAGGUUUCUCUUGGAUAUGUGGCCUUACCUUGAUAAGGCAAUUUGUGCAAUGAUAAGAAGUACAACAAAACCUAUGUUUGCGGAGUAUAUUGGGAAGUAUAAGAUAGAAGCAAUUGAGUUUGAGCAUCUAACUCUCGGAACUCUUCCUCCUAUAAUUCAAGGUCUUAAAGUCUACGAAACUAUGGAGAAGGAUUUAGUCAUGGAACCAGCAAUUAGGUGGGCUGGAAAUCCCAACAUCGUUUUGGUGCUACAAUUACUGUCUGUAAGACUUAGAUUUCAGUUAGUUGAUCUGCAAAUAUUUGCAGCGCCACGAGUAGCUUUGAAACAUCUCGUGCCUACCUUUCCAUGUUUUGCAAAUAUUGUGGUGUCCUUGAUGGAGAGGCCUCAUGUAGACUUUGGACUGAAAAUCCUGGGAGGAGAUGUUAUGUCCAUACCUGGCCUUUAUCGAUUAGUUCAGGAUAUGAUCAAAAAACAAGUAGCGAGCCUCUACCUGUGGCCCCAAACUCUCGAUAUAUCUGUCCUUGAUGCCUCAACAGUGGUUAUAAAGAAGCCUGUGGGGAUACUUCAUGUGAAAGUUGUGCGCGCAAAGAAACUUUUGAAGGCUGAUAUCCUGGGAACUUCUGAUCCAUAUGUGAAACUUAGCCUGACUGGAGAAAAGCUCCCGGCAAAGAAAACAACAAUCAAGAAGAAGAAUCUGAAUCCUGAAUGGAAUGAGAACUUCAAGCUUGUUGUCAAGGAUCCUGAAAAUCAAGUUCUUCAAUUACAAGUGUUUGACUGGGACAAGGUAGGUGGUCAUGACAGAUUAGGAAUGCAGUUUGUUCCCCUGAAAGUGCUUACCUCCCGUGAAACCAAGGAAUUCACUCUUGAUUUGCUUAAGCACACAAAUAUUUCGGACUCUCAGGACAAGAAACAACGAGGGCAAAUUGUGCUGGAGCUGACCUAUGUGCCUUUUAGAGAAGACAGUAUCGAGUUUAGUGGACCUUUGGAUGGAAAUGAUGGAAGGGGAAGUGCAAGUGGUAGGUAUUCUUCAGAUGAAGAAUCAUUGAGUGGAGCAGGUUUGCUCUCAGUCAUUGUUCAAGGAGCUGAGGAUGUAGAAGGGAAGCAUCACAUUAAUCCCUAUGCUUUAGUCCUUUUCAGAGGAGAAAGGAAGAGAACUAAGAUGAUUAAAAAGACUCGCGAUCCACGCUGGAACGAAGAAUUCCAGUUUACUCUCGAUCAACCUCCCUUGCACGAGUUGAUUCGUAUCGAGGUCAUGAGCAAGCGGACAAGCUUUAGUUUCCGAUCAAAGGAAUCAUUGGGGCAUGUGGAAAUCAAUCUUGAUGAUGUUGUGCACAAUGGACGCAUCAACCAGAAAUACCAUCUAAUUGAUUCGAAGAACGGAGUGAUACAUGUUGAAAUUCGAUGGAGUACAGUUUGAGAGAUUGAAGAGUGUAAGGUGGAUGUGACAUUUGUUUUUGGAGAAUACACAAUUGAGUCAAAAUUACUGGACAGAGGAGAGAAGUGAAAUAUUUGUAUACAAAAUUACUUACGCUGUAACACAAAAUACAUAAUACAUUUGUUCUGUUUUGAGGGUUCCGAGGGAGGAAAGGCCCAGGAAAAAAAGGCCUUCACUUGUACAUAGAUACUGUGUUGUUUCAAUAUUCUGAAGUGAUAUGCAAAUUUUGAUAGCAA